AAUAUUGUAUCAACUCAUACGAACAAGAAAUAUUAUUUUAUUCCCAAAAUGGAAACAUCAUUAAGCUUCACCUCCGCUGGUGUAAGUUCAUGCAUGCUACUCUCUUGAAAGUUUUUCCAACAGUUUACUGAGGAUUCCUUCCAUACUCUCUUGUGCCACUAGUUAGAUAUUGACAACUUAGUGCUCAGAGAACGUGUCCCAGACACCCUCCGAAAUGAGUGAGACGUUACUUGCAAUAUUUCUCGUAACGUCCAGUGCCAAGGGUUCAAGUCUUGUUUACCGCUGGCCUCCUUUACCUGAAGUACAACCUAGGCUUGCUCGUCCGAGACCCAAGGAUGACGUGGAGGGCACUCAUGCUGACAAUCCGUGGAGAGCGGCCAACAUGACAGAAGAAUUUCCAGCAGGCGUAUCACCACAUAUUGAACUAAAUUCGGAGGAUGAAGACGACUACGUGUGGAGGAGGCCCCGUGCACGCAGAGACAGGUCCCUAUCGUUCUCACAAUCCCGCUCCCAUCCCAACUCAAGACGUCCAUCUCCAUCUAAAGACCGAAAGGAUUCAUUCUCAUUGGAUCGUGUACAUGAGCACAUGUUGGAGGAUGAUGACUACACUCAAGUGCUUGGAUUCUCCUCAGAAUUUUUGGCUACCUUGUUAUGUCCACAACGGGCUAUGUGCCACCAGAAAUUCGAAUUGAUCGUUGAUGACCUUGCUUUCAUUGGCCAUCCUGUAUGUGUCGACGCGGAUGGAAUGUGGCGAUUUCAACCGGAGAAGGUCAAGACGGCUCCGAGAGGAAGAGGCUCGAAGAAAGGACAAUCACCUACUCAGGAAGAGACAUCUCUGACGCCCGAGAAAACAUCGAGAGAGAAACGAGAGACUGUCGAGGAACCAUGGCUUCAGACUUUCCACCUCGUCCUCGUUCUAGACCUUCCGGACCCUUCGUCUUCCGACUCCGGCAAUGUAUCCAAGUACUUUGACACCAUCUAUGAGCAGAUCGCGUUCCCUAUGGCUGCUGUCCUCUAUCAGGAGCAGGUGCUGAAUAACUUCGUCGAGGCAGAGUGUGAAGUGCUUGGUUCGCUAGAGAACGGUUGCAUAUCUAAAGGGGAACCCCUUGCCAACUUCAUGGCCGAGGCACCCAAGAAGUCUACUAUUGCGACUUCUAUGAAGGCGCUGUAUGAGUCAAUCAAGGAUAAUACCAUUGCGCGACUCACAAUCCACGAUUUCUCAUUUGAACUCCAAUUACCUCCUUAUCUCGAUGAGCUGCUACAUUACCAGGAAUACGCAAAUGAUGAUCACGCAGAACGCGAAGACGUCGAUGGAUUCGAAUCAUUUGAUGUCCAAGAAUGGGGGCCUGAGAUGAGCUUCGCAUGGCAUUUGCCCGCACUUGCGCCGUGGAAAAGCCUCCUACGUCUUGAUGAUGGAGAGCAAGGUUACGAGUUGCACAUGAAGUUACGUGGACCGCAGCUCAAUGCGGAGGAUAGAGAGCUUGCGGAACAGCUUCUCAAAUUUCUUGAUCUUGCGUCCAUCCACCUUUGUCUCGCAGACAUGGCCAGUCUACUUGAUUGGGAUCUUGAGACGCAGGUCUACCCAACCGUGCGAUGGCUAAUACAUCAUAGACGGGCCAAGCUAAUUGAUACCGUCCACCCUGGUCUCAAGACGCUUUUCAUCAUUGCCCCAAAGUUGCCUGCUCCUUUGGCGAGAUUGUCUGAAGAUUUCGCCAAGGUCUUUGGCCGAACCUCCGUUCCCCCUUUACCUAAGCUUCUCUCCAUGAUCACCGCACCGACAGAUGACCAAACAGCCAACCACUUCUACGCGAACGUCGUCAAGUCAAAGGAAUCGAUUCCUGUAUAUCAUGACGUCGUGGCCUGGUUGCUCAAGCACGACCUCCUCAUUAGUCUCCACCUCUAUAUCCGAAUUGUUGCUACCCAUGAAAUGAAGGACAAUAUGGCGCUUAAACGCUCGCGUGCUCUGGAGAAAAGGCGGAAGGACUUUGAAUCUUGUUCUGACGACGGCCCCAGCGAUGCAGGAGAGAAGUUGAUGCAAAUGGGAGCCAAAGAGAUCCCUCGCGAUAAGGGUGCAGUAUCAGAAUCCAGUCCAGUCGAUUACUGGGUAUCGAUGUCUCCAAAGAGUGCCCGAAGACAAACACGACACUUAUCGCCUGCACCUGCGCCGCCCCAUCCUCAGGAUGACCAUUCAACAUCUCAAGGCCCAUCAAGCGUCUCUGAGAAAGGAUACGGAGAUAUGGAUGAGGAAGACGAAGAAGAGGAUCCUGAAGAAGCUAUAUUUCGAGAGUUCGAUGCCAGUUAUGGGGAUAUCAGGCCUACUAUAAUCACGGAGCCUGGGAGGGCUACCGCAUUGGAAAACAUCUGGCUUGCGAUUAUGUCCGAAGGCAAGGAUCCGCAGAUUGUCAGCCGUUUCCAACAAAUCAAUCAGUAUUUUAAUGGCAAGUGUUCCGAAGACGAAAUUCUCUAUCGUGCUGAUAUAACUCGGAAACAAUUGCGAGAAGUUCUUCAUGAAUACGAAGAAUAUCUGCAAACCUUCCUACAUCCCGCCUAGAUCGCUAUUUCCUAUAGACCUUCUUCGUCUGGGUUUCGGUGCAACCAGCCUAGUAGCCGUGCCGCUUUUGAGCAGUCGAAGAAGCCUUGCCGCUUCUCAAUCUUCUUUCCACUCUUGAUUGGCACGCUCGGCCAAUAUUUGUCUUUCAGGACUCUAGAAUCUUCAUCGACAGAUGUGUCAGGUGCCGUGAUGAGGAAAGCCUCAUGACCCGACCAUGGAAGGUCAUCCUGCGUCACGGCUAACAAGAAAGCUUCCGCUCCGGAAUCCUCAUGAACAUAUCCCCAGAGAUCGUUCUUUCGUCUCUCUGGAUCCUGGCUUAGGUUGGCUAGCUUCUUAUUCGGCAAAGACCAGCUUAGCCGUAGACUGGCAAUGCGCAUUAAAGGAUAGCGGCGGACAAUUGUGUCGGCCUGUAAUUCUGCAAUUCUGUUUGAUAGUCUAUGGGUUGGACGAACCCGGUGCCGUGACGAACUGGUUCUACGCACAAUUUGGUAAGACCGUACGGUUCGUCUGGUCUGCAGGGAUGAUCCUCAUCAAGAGGAAGGUAGUCCAACAUCGGACCUUGACUCCAUACUAAUGUAACAACAUUCACGGUAGAGGCUUGUGCUACUCGCUUGAUUCCGAGCUGCAUAAAUGUUAUUGAACCCAUGAUUGAUUGUCAGUAGAAUACUGUACGUGCCUCAGCAGUAGCUCUCAGAACAUUCCAGGAUAUCACCACAUUGCUGUAUAUCCAUCAGUAAACCCCUCAACCACGCUGUCGUUAAACCUCACGUAUUAUGAGUGAUCGCGACGUAGUCCUCUGGAGUUGGAAUGGCGGCGAGUUGAAU